AUCCUCUCCAUACCACCAUCAUCUAGGACCUUGCAUUAACUUACAGGGUCCACCAGCUAACUCAACGAACCAUCUACAUUAUCUAUUUCUUGACAUUUCAUUGGACUUUUUUCUCGAUUCCUGUUUGCUUUCCACCUUCGUUUCAAUCUCUGCUAGCUUCCAUUCAACUCCUUUAUUUGUAUCUUCAACUCCAAGUUAAUGCCCGUGCGACCUCAUCGAAAUGGCCGCAAGAAUAAGGAUACCUCAGACGUUGUAUACCAGCAACCUACCCCUUCGUCUCGUUCCCCGGAUACUCGCUCAGUUGAUCUUCCUGAGCCCGAGGAGAACAACAUUACACCGUUCGAUCCAAGUCCGCCGGAUCCAGCGUCUUCAGUUGUUCAGGAGAGCCGCCAUUUUGAGGAGUUGGCAAAUGCUCGAGCUGCUUUGCCUACGCCACCAUUAAUCGAGGUUGAUUGUGUUGGUUCGGAGGUGCAGGCGGAGAUGACGGCUCAGGGCCAGCAGGAGGUGGUGGACCCGGUCGUCGCUAGGAAUGAAUCACAGAAGUUGUUGGAUGAUUUGGAUUGUGAUACCGGGGCUACCGGGGCUACUGAAGACGUUUCUGACGGCCAGAAUGUUGGCAGCAGUUCACGUGAAGACGCUACAGGACUUAUCCACCCUUUAGGAUCCCAAAGAUCACCGUCACCAUCCCCAGCGCGCAUUUCGACGCCAGCUCCUUCUCCAGAGCCUCGAGCUCAUGUCCCUUCUCCUCGAAGUCACAAGAAAGUUGCAGGAGCCAAGAUCCCUUCUCCCAAUUCGUCAAUUCACAGCCCAACUUCCAGUCAAACCUUGGCACCUCACCCAAUGCCUGUUCCGACGACGGCGACCGCAGCUGGAGUGCCUUCGCCUCCAAUGGUGUCCCGUCCGGUGAGCUUUGGUCAGUUCACGGCAUCAAACAGAAGGACAAGGACGGGUGGACCUCCGUCCGUUGUUGAAGUGGAUUUGGGUAUGGAUCCUAUGGAAGGUACUAUACGACCUCCAAACGGCCGCAGGCGUAUCACUACCCGUCGUCCUGGAGAAGAGGUUGACGUUGACGGACAUUCGACGAGGCGUAUGUCAUAUGCUGGCCGAAACUAUUCUGAACAGGAGGAGGAUCAUUACCCGAAUCGACAUACUAGGCAUGGUACAGACUAUCAACGGUCGCACUCGGGCAUUUCGAGGGCUAUGGGCUCUGGUGCUGUUGACACGGAACGAGUGCGAGAGACGGGUGACUCGAUUGUGUGGGCAAGAUGGGACAUGGCGUUACAAGGAAGGCGCCUCUUAUUCAUUGGCUAUUAUCCCUUUGGCCUUCAGAUCUGGGACUGCACUGAAUUAGAUGCAGUGUCGGAAGUUUUGGAUCUCCCAUUAGAGAAGAUUCUCGAGACUUCAUCGGCGCCAGAGUUCGAUUUCGAGUAUGCUGGGAUCAUUCCACCUUCGCUAUCUCAAGAAUCUGCUGAUGCAUGGAAGGAAUACCGGCCUCUGGUUGGCAUUCUAGUCUCUUCCAGCCCAGAGAAGUUGCCACCCCGAAAGUCGAAGACGGCUCGGUUCUCUCAACUCUUUGUUUAUUCGUUGUCCAGCCAUUGCAUAGUGAAACAAGUAGUGCUACCUGGGCUUGUGACCGGCGGCGGAAAGUUCGCUAUCGGCGACGGGUUUCUUGUUGUGAGCACGACAAUCCCUCCGACACUACACUUACUAUCCUCUUCCACUUUCGACGUGCUACAUAAGAUACCCUCCCCAGCCUUGAUUCCAUUCUCUCAUUCUCAUUCUCACUCUGUAUCACCAACAUCAACCGGAUCGGGAUCUUCAAGACGACAUUCAUUCUGGGGAACCACUACAACUACAACUAUGACGCCUACGAGUAACGAACCACAUAAUAAAGUUGGAGGUGGUGUUCAAUAUAACCCAGCCACUCGUGGAUUCGACGACGACAGGAAUCAUAUCUAUAACGACAAUAACAAUAACAACAAUGUAUUAUUAUCAUCAGCGACAUAUUUAAACCCCUCAUCUCCGAUAUUGCACCUUCCACCUCCACAACCAACCCCAGUGUAUUCAGUUUCAGGCCGUCUACUUGCGUACGCUUCGUCUCCCAAUCCAGGCACGGGCGGUGGAGGAGGAGGAGGGAGCGACAUGUAUGCUCAAUAUCAAUAUUCCAGUCCUGGGCCCGGGUUAGCCAUCCCCUCCUUAUCCUUUGGAGCAGCGGCACUGUUGUCUACUGGUGCAUCUACAGCACGGUCUGCUUCUAUUGCCGCGUUGGGAUCUCUCACCGAGCAAUUGGCGAAUCUGAAUAGAGGCGGAGGCGGAGGCGGAGGUGGUGGUAUGGGUGGUGCUGGGAGUGGUGCUGGGAUUACGAUUACGCAGGCAGAUUUGGGGAAUGCGGCGAUUAAGGUUGGAGGUGGGUUGUUGAGUGGGAUGAAGAGUUUGGGUGGGAUGGCUUAUAAGGGUGCUGUUUCGGCUGCUUCGGCUGCUGCUGCUGCGCGAGCAGCAGGAUCAGGAGGUGGUGUUGGUGUUGGUAGAGGGAGUGGUACGGGUGGUGGUGGUGGAGAUGUGAUGUCGAGCAGUAUUAGUGGAGUAUCGGCUUUUGCGAAUAGGUUCUUUUCGAAGAGUGCGCCUGCUGCUAUUGUCACUGGAACGGAUCAGGGAAGGUAUUCGGUUAGUUCUGAAGAGAGGGAUGGAGAGGGAGGAGAGGAAUAUGGAGGGAAGGGCUCGGCAGGGUUGAGUGUGGAGAAUGGGUGGUCGGUUACUGUGUUGGAUAUUGGACCGCUACUUCUUUCUGGGACGGCGAAGGAGAUCUCGACCUCCCCUAUUGUCGUCACUAGGUUCGUCGGCUCUAGAUCCCAGCCUAUUGCUGAGAUGUGUUUCUCUCAAGAUGGAAAUUCGAUCAUGGUGGCCCCGAAGGAUGGGCAGGUGGCACAUGUGUACACGAUUCGUAGUAAUACGGUCGCACGAAUCUUGCAGCAACAAGACGACAACGCACCCGCGGAGGAAGGAAUCGAUGGAUCUUCUUCUUCUCCCGCACCCGCACAUAAACGCCGUUUGGGUGCUUUCGUGCCAGAUGCACCUCCUGUGCAUGUGUAUGAUCUGAGGAGAGGAAGAACACCCGCUGUGGUGGAAUCUGCUUCUUGGUCCCUAGAUGGACGAUGGACCGCUUUCGCAACUAGGAACAGGACGGUACAUGUAUUUGCAGUGAAUCCAUACGGUGGACGAUCUGAUGUGAGGAGUCAUUUGGAAGGUCUGGUCAGGAAUUACAGUGAUAUUCCCCCUCUUUCCACGGAUUUACAACCACUUGUACGGUUACGGGUCACUAGGCAUCCUGGUCCGGACCAACUUCAAGUUCCACUUGCGAUCACUUUCUUGGAGUCACCGUGGAUUAGUGAAUCUACGAUGCCUCUGAACCUCUUACCGGCGAUGACAUCUCCUUAUCUUGCACCUACCCACACAGGGCAUUCGCAUUCGUAUGGAAGUGCGAGUUCGGCUCAUACGGUGUUUUCGUCUUCCUCUCCCUCACCUCGAUCGGAAUCUAUGUCUCCCAAGAGUCAUUUUAAUGGACAGCGACCGAAGAAUUAUCAAGAUGUACUUCUUUUUGAUCCUACGGAUGGGGUUUUGUCUUUGAGAAGGAUUAGUGUGAAUGCCAAAGUCAGAGCGAAGGAUGGGAGUACGUCAUUGUUGGGAGCUACACUGAUCGGGGGACCGUCGAGUGCUGGUGGUGGUGGGGGUGGGGGUGCAGGACAUGGACAUGGACAUACCAGUAAAUCGUUUCCUGGAAUGGGAGCUGUUGGGAAAUUGGCGAUGUCUGUGUCUUCUCCUACAUCUCAAGGUCAAGCUUCACCGAUUGUGGAAGCUGAUGGGUCUGAACUUGUGGUGGGGAAGGAGAGUACCAUUGCGACUUGGACGUUGAAACGGAAGCGGGAGUGGAUGGAGGUGAAGAGGGUUUUGGAAGUGCCUGUUGUUUUGAAGGAGAAAGUGGGGAAAGCUGACUGGCUAGCACAAGCGGAGCUUUCUACGUUUUCGAAAUCUGCACGGGUGCUUCCGCGGUCGAUAUACUUGACACACCAAUUCUCUUUUCAAGCGCUAGGAGAAGAUUACCAUGCUUUGAUUCGGAGGUAUCGGUUUGAUGUUCCUGGACCGAAGGUUGAAGUAAGGAAGGGGAUUGAGGUCAGUGCGUAUGCGACUGGGACGGGGGAGUCUUUUGUCGAAGGUGGAGGUGGGGGAGGUGGUGUUGGGGGAGGUGGAGGUGGUGGUAGUGGUGGUGGUGGUGGUAGUAGCGGAGUAGGCCGAUUCAGUCGUGACACACGGAGACUAUCGUCCUCGUUCGCGUUUGACGAACCUCUUGCUUCAGCCAUCGCAGCGGAACUGGACUGUCCACCUACGCAACCUGUGCUGCCUAUGUUACCGAAUGGAACACCUGGGUCGAAGCCUAGGUCGUUUAAGAGUUCGAUACCUAUUAGGAGUUUGGGUGAUGGGAUGAGUGAGAGUAUUGGACGGUUUCGGAGGGAGAUCAAUAAUAGAGUGCGGUCGCCCAAGUUGGUUGCGAGUUUGGAUAAGGGUGAUGGUGUUGGUGUUUCUGCGUCUGUGCCGUUGGAGUUUGAUGAGGAGGAUGAGGAUUUUUUGUUGAAGGAACCGGAAGGGAAGGGACAGGCCGGUGAGAUGGGUGGAGAAGCGUUGGAACGUACGGUUACGCCGCCGACGGGGAAGUUGGAUGAGGAGGAUACUUGGGUUGGUGGGGUUGAGGAUCUUGUGGAGACGUUUGAUCAUAUUUCUGUGGCUGGAUUCCUUGAUGAAGAAAGUGAACGACCACAGGGAAGGAAAGGAAGGAAGAAGCAUCGUUGAAUAGAACGGUAGUGGUUCCCCUCUCAAUGUAUAUUAACAUAACAGCUAAACCUAAAGACACAAUUUAUGUCCCAGUAAGAAUCAUUUGCCA